GUUUCAAAACAAAAAUGGCGACAGAAAGAGCAGCUGUGAUAUUAGAAAGAACUGGUCCGUCUCUUUUGAAGACAUGCGACUCCACCGAGGCUCAGGACUCUGGAGAGGGAAAAGUUAUGACCGCUUAUUUAAUGGACUGCAGAAGGAAACAGAAGAUCAUGUGCCAUCAGCAUGGUGUCAUGGAUGACAUGUUGAAGCUUCUUGCAGGUCUGGAGUCAGCAGAGCAGUUCCUCAAUGAACCAUGUCCACCUAAUCCAGACACUGAGGCCAGCACUCCCUGGAAGGCUUUGAAAGCAGAGUAUCUUGAGCAGGUCCAGGAAGUGGAAGGGCUGAUAGGCACACUGGUGGAGCGCAUGGAAGAGCUACUCAAAAAACGGCAAAGGCUGGAGGCACUACUGGUAGACCUGGAAAAGAAAAAAGAGGAGUGCAAGGAACAGGAGCGAGCUGCACUACAAUCGAAGCAGAGGGCUGAGAAACUGAUGAAUCUGCAAAUAGAUGAUUCCCUGCAGAGAGCCCAGGAUGCCCUGUGUGCUUGUGACAGACGGCUUUCUGAACUCAAAAUUCAAGUAGAUGAUCGUUUAGCCAAGGUGUCUAAUUGGAUGGCUUUUAGAGACAGGUUGCAGGCUACCCUGGAAGUCACUCAGGCUAAUAUGCAGUACAAGUUGUUGUCUGCGAGCCCCUCUGAGCUGUGUCUAGAGCUUCUGCCCCGCUCCACCCAACAAUCCCUGCAGCCUCUUCAUCUGUCUAUCACCAUGACCACAGAAGACCACUUCCGCCUGCAGGUUUUUCAGGGCACCGCAGGCCUCUUGGAGGAGUCAGUGGAAGGCCCUGUAAGAGAGCUGAGUGCUGCACUGUUGGAAGUGAUGGAGUGCUACAUUAGUCAAGGAAAGAUGCUUGCUGAAAUCCAGGCUCUGCAUUCCAGGUUUGCAAUCGACUGGUGUCCAGCAAAGCGCCUACUGAUCUUCCUCAAGUCCGCCACCACAGUGUGCCACCUGGAGCUGGACGAGGGCUACCCGUCAAGUGGCUGCGCCAAACUGCUUGCUGUGCGCAAAGAUGGCAACCUUCUCAAUCUCUCUGCCCUGCAGCCCAUUGUGAUGAAUCCUACUCUGACAGAUUGGCUUGAGUUUCUCUCCUCAUAUCCGGAUUUCUGAACACAGCCUGCAGCAUCCUGCUAGUCAGGUGGAAUAGGGUCCCAAAGUGAAGCAAUGCAAAAAUGUUUACUAUGGUUGCAUCUCACCUGUAUGUAUGUAAUAAAAUAAUCUUGACUGGUAAUGUAUGUAAACGGCAAAAAUAAUUAUUUAAUGCUAUUAGGACCUGUCUGCACCAGGUAAUGCAUC